GCUAAAGAUACUGUUUGUUGAUACUUUAUUUUCUAUGUCAGUCACAGUUAAUCUUUGUGUCUGCGCUCUGUGCUCUAUGAACUGGAGGAGAACCUGACCCUAACGGCCUAGAUAUGCUCCAUUGCCGCAGCCGGUUGAGUUUAUCUCAACAGAUUAUUGUGUGAAUCGUCAAAACACAGAGGCAGUGCAGCGGAUGUAGUCCCUACUGUGGAGAUUGACAAUGGCUUGUUUGUGUUGUGGGCGACGUAAUAACUCCUCAUCUGAGCCGCUGGAAAUCUCCGUGGAACAACGCCCUCUGUUGACAGUUCUGGACGAAAAUGAGGCCAGCGGAAGUCAUCGUGAUUUGCCACAAAAGGACUAUGAGAGUUUGGACUAUGACGCAGACGGAAGUGAGCGACCAGAGAAUACAGAUGCAAACAAGUAUUACAUUAAACUGGAAGUCUUGAAAUGGGUCGUUACAUUUCUCAUCGGAAUGUUUACAGGUCUGGUGGCCAUGUUCAUUGACACCUUUGUCAAACUGCUCUCCAAGUGGAAAUUCAGCACGGUCGAAGAAUCAAUCAAUGUCCAGUCCAAAGAAGGCGGCUUAGUCUUGUCCCUACUCUGGCUGCUCCUUUUCAACGUCGGUUUUGUAUUCGUGGCCGGUUGUCUGACCAUCCUAGAGCCCGUGGCGGCUGGAUCCGGAAUACCAGAGAUUAAGUGUUACUUAAAUGGAGUCAAAGUUCCCAGGGUAAUGAGACUGAAGACGCUGGUGUCUAAAGCCAUCGGGGUGUUGUUCAGUGUGGCCGGUGGUUUGUUUGUGGGGAAAGAAGGCCCUAUGAUCCACAGCGGGGCUAUUAUCGGCGCGGGAUUGCCUCAGUUCCAGAGCUUAGCCUGGCGGAAGCUUUCAUCUAGAGCCGCCUAUUUCAGAACUGACAGGGAUAAAAGAGACUUUGUCUCUGGUGGCGCGGCUGCCGGUGUGGCGGCUGCAUUCGGAGCUCCUAUCGGAGGUGUACUUUUCAGUUUGGAGGAGGGUUCAUCAUUUUGGAACCAGAAGCUGACAUGGCGAACGUUUUUCUGUUCGAUGGCCGCCACGUUCGUGUUGAACUUUUUCCUGUCGGGUGCAGAUGGCGGUCAGUGGGGGUAUUUCUACAUGCCGGGGCUCAUUAACUUCGGCGUUUUCUCAUGCCAAAGUGGUUCUGGACCUGCCUGUAAACUGUGGGACGCCCUUGACCUGUUGAUUUUCAUCGCCAUGGGGGUGGUAGGCGGUCUGCUGGGAGCUCUGUUCAACUGUCUCAACACCGCUCUCACCAAACACCGCAUGAGACACGUCCAGAAAAAGCACUUUGUCUUCAGGAUUUUGGAAUCUCUGUUGGUUGCUAUGGUUACCACUACUGUGUCUUUUACGGCCGCCAUGACACUGGGAGAAUGCCGGAAGAUAGCCAGUAGGGGAGCCUCGCUGAACGGAACGGCCUCGCCUGUUUCCGGAACUGUUCGGACGUACUUCUGUGAUGAGGGGUAUUACAACGACAUGGCCACCCUGUUCUUCAAUCCGGAAGAAGUCGGAAUAAAGCAGUUGUUCCAUCAGGAAGGUACGUUUAGCAUGCCCUCCCUGGGAAUAUUCUUCCUCUGCUUCUUCCUGCUAGCCUGCUGGACGUACGGGGCAGCCGUUCCCAGCGGGUUGUUUGUGCCCUGUCUACUCUGCGGAGCGGCCUAUGGCAGAUUUGUGGCUACAAUACUCGUAAAUGUAUUCGGCUACCAUGACGUGUACUCCGGUACCUUUGCUCUGGUUGGUGCAGCCGCUUUUCUGGGCGGAGUUGUUCGGAUGACGAUCAGCUUAACAGUUAUCCUGAUCGAGUCCACCAAUGAAAUCAGCUACGGGCUGCCAAUCAUGAUCGUCCUUAUGGUGGCCAAAUGGUGCGGGGACUUAUUUAACGAAGGGCUGUAUGAUAUCCAUAUCAAACUGAGGGCGGUUCCUUUUCUGGAAUGGGACGCACCACCAGGAAUGGAAAGAUUGAAAGCAAGAGACAUAAUGGCUACCAAUCUGUCAUUUAUUUUCCCCAAAACAAGAGUGAUAUCCCUUGUUAGGAUUUUAAGGACGACCGCUCACAAUGGGUUUCCUGUGAUCAUUCUAAAGAAGAGGCGUCGGGUUAUCUCCAGAACUCGGAGUGUCAGCAGCCAAAGAGGGCAAGAAAGUGCGCUGGAAAAGUCCAUUGGAUCACUAUCCUCAUUAGACAGAAGCUUCAGCAGAGAAAGCGAAGAUGGAGAAAUAGUAAACGGAAUAAUACCUACUGAAGGAGGUCGAAAAUUUGUGGGCUUCAUAUUGCGGUCUCAGCUGGUGACGUUGCUGAAGAGCGGAGUGUGGUACCACGACACCGUACAGGCAUCCGAACAACCAAUAGCCAGUCAGGAGACCAUGACACGAGAUUACCCGAGAUUUGCCGACGUCCAUGACCUAGAGCAGGACCAACUACAUCCGCGAACAGUUCUGGACGUCACACCAUACAUGAAUCAUUCUCCGUACACUGUCAACCCUGACACUUCGGUUCCGAGAGUAUUUCAUCUGUUCAGAAGCAUGGGUCUGCGCCACCUACCUGUGGUAAACAGCGAUGGGGAGAUCAUUGGAAUUUUGACGCGGCAUAACCUUACUCAUGAUUACUUAGAGAAGAAGCACAAAGAACACAAUAAUCACUGACGUCAUCGAUAUACGACGACAUUAACUGAGUCCUUGCCGAUUCCAUGUUAAAAUGUGUCUAACGUAUAUCAAAUGGAGUCUACGAUCCACAAAUAAGUUAACAUAUUGAUCUCAGACAAAAAGGUUACUAUUGAAAUCCUGUACCAGACAUAAUGUUAACCAUAUUGUAUUAAAUCUUUACACAAUGUGGAACGUUUUAUCGUGAUGGAGUCAUCAACGUCACGACGUAAAUAAAAAGAUGUACUAUUCGGCCAACUCUGUAGGCUAGGAGACUAUAUCGAAGCUGAUUUCUCCACAGUCGGUAGGUGGAGUAUAACCACUGAUUUCCUACUCGUUUGUCCACUUUACGCAAGCGUAUUCUGUGUCACUUUUGAGAUAAGCUGAAUGAAGUGAUGAUGUUUUCAUAAGACAAAGGUUUUGUGAUCGUCCUAACCUUCCGAUACACAAACUGAGGUUCACUACUGAUAAACCCAAAAUGCCACCGUCCUGUUUGGAUAGCAGCAUAUGCCGUCGAUUCUUACUCAUGGUUUAUAGGGUGAGCAAAGUAUUACUCUGAGUAAUAUAUAUUAUAACUGGCCAUCGUCAUUUGUUUUAUUGAUAAAUAUUCAUAUUUCAUAUUCACAAUAUUUUGAACGGUAAAUUUGUUUUAUAAGAGUUUCUUUCCCCGGUAUUCUUGUCGGAUUUUUGAUUUCUUGGCUCAGUAAACGAGUUGCAUGUUAAUAAAUGAGCUAUUUGUCAACAUUGUUGUUUUUAAUGACUGCUAUGCUUUGCUAACUUGGAUGACACCACUUUGCUACAUAUCUCCUGUAACAUACCUCCAAAAACAUUAAAGGAUAAGCCAUCACAUGGUUAAUAUUUAUUUCUAAUGAAAGACAACUGAUAAAAUUAUCUUAAACCGGCAUUCAAUAUUUUGUUGGAUUUUUUUUAACCGAAGAAAAGUUUGGUGAAACUAGAUCUUGACACUCCAUUGUCUUGAUAAGUGUGACGUCGCUUUUACUGACGGCAAUAUGUAUGGCAGAAAAAAUGUAGUGGACGUUAGCAAUGAAAGCCCAAGUAAUUCACCAUAAAUCAGACAUCCGAAGGAUAUUAUUUCUUCCUCGGGUUAAACGAAUUUAGCUCUAAAAAUCAAAGUAGGCAUCACUAAGUAGACCAAUUAAAACUACGCAUAAACAUACUUUCAUUUAUUUGUUUAUUUUUUGUGUGGAAAGAGUUAAAGGCGCUCAAAUAUUUGACUAAGGUAAUCACCACACACUGAGUUUAAACAACUCUAAUCACCACACCGAAAGCUGGAAUAACUCGAUUUACCCGUGAAUGAAAGAUUACUGACAUAAUAUUCCGAAAAAUUCCUUCCUUCUGGUGAACAUCAGGGAAAAAGGUGAUGUGACGUCAGAGUUCCUAGAUACCGUCAGUAUCGCUCAUAAAGACCACCGUAGUUUUCAAAUGUCUGAAAGUCUUUCAACACAAUUAUAGGCCAUACGGUAAAUCGCAUGU